CAAUAGCCAGGGCAGCGGGCGGGGGUGCAGGGUGGCGCAGGGGCGCCAACCCUCCGGGACUGCCCUGGCGUCUCCAGAAAUGAGAAGUAAAUCUCCAGGAGAGUGCUGGAGUCACCCGGGAGAUAAAUGUGAGGGCAUUCGUUCAAAGAAAUAUGAAACGUUGAAUCCGAUGUAUGUCGUAGGCCGGUGGGUUUUUAAAAGAUCUGUUCCAGUUGCCAGCACAAGCUCAGCAUAAAACAUGGGGAAGAAGAAGAAAAAAGAGAAUCUAGAACAACUGUACAAAGAAGCAAGAUCAUCUUUCCCAGAAGCUUUGCUGGCAUUUCAAAUUCAGGUAAAGGAAGAAGCAAUUGAUCGGCUUCUGUUAGAACUCAAGGAACUGGAAGAAAAGAAUGAAAAAUAUCGAGAAAGGAAUAAACAGCUGAAGGAGGAACAGCUGGGUUAUAUAAAGGAUCUACUAAAUGACCUCAAAAAACAUGAAAAACUGCUUGAGGAAAAGGAGGUUGUAACCAGAGAUGAUGUAGAGGAGGCAAUGAGGGAGCAAUGUCAGUAUAUUAGGGACCAAGAACAGCUUUUGAAAGAUCUGAACUCCCAGAUAAGUGAAUAUGAAGAGAAACUUUCAGUAAGGGAGAUCGAGAAGGAUUAUUGGCUGGAAUACAGAAAUGUGGGAAGUGGAGAUCAUGCCAAACAGAUCCAGAUCUUGGAAAAGGACAUCCAGGCACUCAAAGAUGACCUUAAUGAAAUGACAGAAUUCUAUAGAAGCACUUUGCAAAUGACAAAAGAUAAGAUUGACAGAAUGGUUGAGAAACAAAAGAGCCAAAAGAAGGAAUGGGCCACUGAGAAUGCUGUUCAACACAUUGACAAAAGCAGUUGCAGGGACAUUAAAGAACAUGAAUGGCUAAAAGAAGAGGUUGAAGUUUACAAAAAGGAAGUAAGUGAUUUGGAAGCCUCUGCUCAGCUGCUAGAAGAAGAAAAUAUAUAUAUGAUACAGAUACUGUCUGACCGCAGACUGCAAAAUCUUAGAAUAUCCAGGCCUUUAUUUCUUACCCAGGGAGCUGGCCUGCAGGCUGAAGAUGAAUUGCUUAGUGCAAAUUUGGAAGGACUAGCAUGCGGAGAGCAUUCAGGAAAGACAGAUGAUAGAAAUGAAUGUCCUAAGAGCAUGGAACUCCCUGGAGCAUGGAGCACGGAGAAGGCAGCAAUGUCAGAUACGCAGUCUGAGAUGGAGGACAGUUACGAGUAUCUGUGUGGAAUACCAAUGCCUCCGACUCUCGAUAGCUUGUUGUAUGAAGAUGAAAAGGAUUUCCAGGAAUACCUAAAAUUGGGCCCACUGGAGAUAAAACUGAUGAGUGCUGUGGGAAAAGCAAUGCCUAUUCAUUUGAAAGAAACACCAAGCAAAAGCCACUUGGAAGGCUGUUUUGGUAUCACUCAGCCAGAAAGUCACAUCACAUACCGGAUGAUCAAAUCAGUGUUUAGUUGAGAGCAAAAAGAGUGAACUCUUCUGCCAGCUGGUACAGCUCCUUUUCCUCCCAGAACAUCAACAUGACCUGUUCCUGACCAUCUUAGCAAUCCUUAGUCCAUCGUUGCUAUCCUCAUCACGGCAAUGGCAAGUUCAAACUCUGUACUGAAGGCAUAAUGCAUGGAAACCACCAACAGACUCUACUAAUAGUCCCCACCAAACAUUUAAUUCAAGACAUCAACUCCUGGAAUUAGGAAGAAACUACCAAGUCUGAGGAAGACAUACAUGCGAGUUCAGUUCUGAAAUCCUCCUCCCUGUGUUCAACCCGUCCAGGCUUUCCAGAAAAUAAAAUUAUACAUGGAAACUG